AGGAUGGUGUCUCUGCUGCCCCCCGUUGGUGCAGAGGUGUUCAGACGCUUCACGGAAGCUUCGCUUGAGGAAAUCCAACAACGCCAUGAAGCUGAGGAGAAGGAGCAGCAGAGGAGGAAGGAGAAGAACAUUGAGAUAGCAGAAGAAGAUCUUCCUAAACCAGCCAGUGAUCUGGAAGCUGGGAAGCCCCUUCCCUUUAUCUUUGGAGACCCCCCCCCUGAGUUUCUCAACAUCCCAUUGGAAGAGCUGGAUCCCUUCUACCAAUCCCAGAAGACCUUCAUAGUGCUCAGUAAAGGAAACAUCAUCUAUAGGUUCAAUGCCGACCCUGCCUGCUACCUGCUGAGUCCGUUCAACCCUCUGAGGAUCAUAGCCAUCAGAAUCCUGAUUCAUUCUUUAUUCAGCUUGUUCAUUAUGCUGACCAUUCUGGCCAACUGCGUGUUCAUGACCAUGAGUGAUCCUCCAGCAUGGAGCAAGACGGUGGAGUACGUCUUCACAGGCAUCUACACGUUUGAGGCGACUGUCAAAGUUUUGUCAAGAGGAUUCUGUGUUGGAGAUUUCACCUUCCUCAGAGACCCCUGGAACUGGCUGGACUUCAUGGUCAUCAGCAUGGCAUAUUUGACAGAGUUUGUGGACUUGGGAAAUGUUUCUGCACUGAGGACAUUCAGAGUUCUUCGAGCUCUGAAAACCAUCACCGUAAUCCCUGGUUUAAAGACCAUUGUUGGAGCGCUCAUCCAAUCAGUGAAGAAGCUGGGGGAUGUAAUGAUCUUGACAGUAUUCUGUCUCAGUGUCUUUGCUCUGAUUGGUCUUCAGCUUUUCAUGGGAAACUUAAGACAAAAAUGUGUCCUGAUGCCACCGCCUUUUCUCAGCAACCACACAUCAGCCAGCAACUUCAACAUCAGUUUCCAUGGCAACUACACUAAUGGUGACAACAGCAGCAAUUUUGAUUACGAUGAGUACAUCAACAACCCAGAGAACUACUACUUCCUGGCCGGUAACGCUGAUGCUCUCCUUUGUGGAAACAGCUCUGAUGCCGGGGUAUGUCCAGAUGGCUACAUCUGUCUGAAGGCUGGCAGAAACCCAAACUAUGGCUACACCAGCUACGACUCUUUUGGCUGGGCAUUUCUGGCUCUUUUCCGACUGAUGACACAGGACUUCUGGGAGAACCUGUUCCAUCUGACACUAAGGGCAGCAGGUAAAACCUACAUGAUCUUCUUUGUGGUCGUUAUCUUCCUUGGUUCCUUCUACCUCAUCAACCUCAUCCUGGCUGUGGUUGCCAUGGCAUACGCUGAGCAGAAUGAGGCAACCAUCGCCGAGGCCAAACAGAAGGAGGAGGAGUACAGUCACAUACUGGAGGCCCUGAAAAAGAGAGAAGAGGAGCAAGCGGCCUACAGAGCCAGACUCUCUGAGAAACAAGAGUCCACAUCACAGAAGAGUUGUCCUACAGAGGAACACACGGCCAUGGAUGGCUUCGAGGACGACCAGAGACCGUGUCCUCCAUGUUGGUAUGGCUUUGCUGACAUUUUCCUGAAGUGGAACUGUUGUGGCUGUUGGCGGUGGCUGAAACAGCUGCUCUACACCAUCGUCAUGGACCCAUUUGUUGACCUCGCCAUCACCAUCUGCAUCGUCCUCAAUACUGUUUUCAUGGCCAUGGAGCAUUAUCCAAUGACUGAUGAGUUUGAAGUACUUCUGAGCACCGGAAAUCUGGUCUUCACAGGAAUAUUUACAGCUGAGAUGGUCCUCAAACUUCUGGCUAUGGACCCGUAUUACUACUUCCAGGUAGGCUGGAACAUAUUUGACAGCAUCAUCGUUACCAUGAGUCUGGUUGAGCUGGGACUGGCUAAUGUUCAAGGUCUCUCUGUGCUGCGCUCCUUCCGUUUGAUGCGAGUGUUUAAGCUGGCCAAAUCGUGGCCAACCCUCAACAUGCUGAUAAAGAUCAUUGGGAACUCUGUGGGGGCUCUGGGGAACCUGACUCUGGUUCUCGCCAUCAUCGUCUUCAUCUUCGCCGUCGUUGGCAUGCAGCUGUUUGGGAAGAACUACAAGGAAUGCGUCUGUCGCAUUUCAGAGGACUGCGAGCUUCCUCGCUGGCACAUGGAUGAUUUCUUUCACUCCUUCCUCAUCAUCUUCAGGAUCUUGUGUGGAGAAUGGAUCGAGACCAUGUGGGAUUGCAUGGAGGUGUCGGGCCAGGCCAUGUGUCUGAUAGUUUUCAUGAUGGUCAUGGUCAUUGGGAACUUGGUGGUCCUGAAUCUGUUCCUGGCGUUACUGCUCAGCUCCUUCAGUGGUGAUAAUCUUGCAGCCCCAGAAGAAGAAGGAGAGAACAAUCUUCAGAUCGCCAUAAACCGGAUCAGCAGGGCUGUGGCCUGGAUCAAGGUCGGGAUCCUGGAACAUAUCUGGACUCUGCUGGGAAAGAAGACCAGCAUGGACCCAGAACACAACGCGGGAACCCCUGAGGAAGACGAUGGAAACAAGGAGGUUUUAGCUCUGACCCUAAUGACUUCAGACCAGCCACUGUCACCAGUCCCUAGCGGUUACCAAGGUUACCAUGGUAACUUGGCCAGCAACUACCAUAGCAUAACCUCCCUGAAGGUUCCCAUUGCUGUGGCUGAGUCUGACCAUGAUGAUGAUGAUGAUGAUGAUGACGAGGGUGAAGAGCAACUCUCCCAGUGUGACGAGUCGUCUGUGUGCAGCACUGUGGAAAAACUGCCCGAAGUCCAUGAGGACGAAGAGGACGAUGAUGACGAUACAAACACUCCUGAGGACUGCUGUACUACCAAAUGUUACAGUCGCUGUCCACGCCUCAAUAUCGACACGUCCCAGGGCAGAGGCAAGAUCUGGUACAACUUUAGGAAAACUUGUUUUUCCAUCGUGGAGCAUAACUACUUUGAGACCUUCAUCAUCUUCAUGAUCCUGCUGAGCAGUGGAGCUCUGAGUUGGUCACAUGACUCAGCAGAUCCAAACUAACACUUUGUGCAGAGUGACUACUAACCUACGGCUGGCAUGUUUAGAGAUGGACUACAAACAUGGCUGACAGUAACUAACAUGUCCACAGGCAUUUGAGGACAUCUACAUGGAGCAGCGCCGGGCCAUCAAGACGAUUCUGGAGUACGCAG